AAGUACAAGGAAUCUGAUGCUAAAGCAAUAGUGUUUCUAAUUUCGUCAGGCAACAAGUCUCAAUCCAGAUCGUUUCUACAAAUGAAUACUAAAUCCUGUUUGUUGUUUUUGCUUGUGGUGUGCAUUGCUGGUUUUGUGUCGACAAAGCCACAACAAGGCUCUGGCAGCUGUGGGGAAAAUGAGGUGUUCAGAACAUGCGGCACCGCUUGUCCACCAAGGUGCAAUGCGAAUAAUAUUCAUGUCGUUUGCCCCACGGUAUGCGUUGUCGAAUGUCAGUGUAUUCAUGGCUAUUUGCGGAAUAAUGAAGGAAGAUGUGUCCUACGUGAGGAUUGUUGAAAGGCACAAAAAUUACUCUAUGUAAUUUUAUAUUUUUUUUUGGCUUCGCGUUUGUGUAAAUAAGCAUGUGAAUAAAAUCGAAAAUUAUGCAAAUCGUUA